CGUUAUCGAGCUUUACGAGCAAUCACAGGAGCAACGCUGUCUACCCGUUAUAAAAGAGCUUAGAAUAACUACCAGGACACUCGAACCGGCGGAUACAAUACGGAUCAUCUCUCUUCGAAUAACAUCCCCUGCAUAACCCUCCAGCAUCCCACCUCCAACAGCUCAAGCUCCCGCCUCCACAUCCGCGUCCCACCCCAUCUACGCCGCUCGAAACCCGAGGGAACCAGCCUCUUCUGUGGCCGCCUGCGCCUCCACUCAGCUCUCCCGCCAACAAAAAAGCCUCCUCAAAAUGUCCUACUUCUUCACCAUCUUCUCACCAACCGACACGCCCCUCUUCACGCACGAAUUCGGCACCUCGCGCAGCGGCGGCGACGGUAUCGCGCGCUUCACAGCCUCCGAGCGCUCCCUCGCGCCCUUCAUCCUGCACUCCUCGCUCGACAUCGUCGAAGAGCUGCAAUUCGGGCCCUCGAGCACAUCCGGCAGCGCGCCCAUGUACCUCAAGCACAUCGACAAGUACGCCAACAACUUCGUCUCGUGCUGGAUAACAGGCGCGAACGUGCGCUUCCUGCUGCUCACACGGCCGCGAGACGAGGCGCUGGGCCUAGCCGGCGGCGGCGGGGCUGGGGCCAGGGGCAGUCUGGCGGGCGGGCGGGUGACGGGGAGUGGGCUGUAUGACCCAAGGAGCCCAGCGACGGAAGAGGCGGUGAAGAAUUUCUUCGUCGAUGUGUAUGAGGCGUGGUUGAAGACGGUGAUGAAUCCUUUUUUUCAUGCUGGGAAUGGUGAUGUGGUUAAGAGUCCUGUAUUUCGGCAGAGGGUGGCGGCGGCGGCGAAGAAGUAUCUUUGAAGGCUGGGAGAGGAGAGGUGUUGAGACUGUUGGGUGUUCCUCAUGGGAACUGGAAAGCUACACCAUUCCAAAAUUUACUUGAGGGCUGCUAGCGGGUGCCCUGAGACAAGGACGAUUCGUCCGCGCGGAGCUCCGGCGAUGGGAGGGCGAAGGCAAAAGACGUGACAGGUUCGGUAUGAAGUAGGUCACAGGCGACGCCUUUCACCAGUCUGAUAUAUCAGACAACGGGCAAGGUUCGAUCGAGACACGCACACGCACACGAGCAUCGAGCUCCCUACUCCACAAGCCAGAGACGCGAAAGGGGAAGGAAGAGUUGGGACACAGGGGCAGAGUAAUAAUCAUUUCCGACUCAACCAAAUUGAGCGAUGAUCUAUUAGAACAUGCGUAGCUCGCUCUCCCACCCGGAGCUAAUAAUACGCACAAAAGAAAAAUCAACAUG